CGAAUAUUAGUUCCAGAAGAAUCUAGCGACUGGCUAUCGGAGUAGCACCAGCGCUUGAUAGUUCAUAGCGCAUUGAAAGUUGAAAACUUCCCAAUCACAGGUCUCGUUUUGCCGUGAUUUUCAUCUUCUCAAACAUUUCACACAAAAUGUCGGUGACUCUGCACACAAAUCUAGGAGACAUCAAGUGCGAAAUCUUCUGUGAUGAGGUCCCAAAAACUUCUGAGAACUUUUUAGCAUUGUGUGGGAGUGGUUAUUAUGAUGGGACUAUAUUUCACCGCAACAUCAAAGGUUUCAUGAUUCAAGGGGGAGACCCAACCGGUACCGGGAAAGGGGGUACCAGCAUAUGGGGAAAGAAAUUCAAUGACGAGAUUAGGGAAUCUCUUAAGCACAAUGCAAGAGGAAUAUUGUCAAUGGCUAACAGUGGUCCAAACACUAAUGGAAGCCAGUUCUUCAUAACAUAUGCAAAGCAGCCACAUUUAAAUGGACUUUAUACAGUAUUUGGCAGAGUAAUCCAUGGAUUUGAAGUUCUUGAUCUCAUGGAGAAGACUCAAACAGGAGCAGGGGACCGUCCACUUGCCGAGAUUAGGCUCAAUCGAGUCACGAUACAUGCUAAUCCGCUUGCUGGUUAAGUGGUUAAACUUGUCUCAGCAGUUCUCAUUACAAGAAGAGGGAGGGUAAAGGGAAUUAUUAAAUACUCAAUUUUAACCAAUUUCUUGACCUCUGAUUAAGAGAAAUACAGAAGUAAAUUGUGCAUUGAGUUAAUUAACAUGUUUGUGAGAUAUGAACAAAGGCAUGUCGAUAGAUACAUUUUUCAAGGAUUAGUGUAAAAAUGGUCAUGUUUCUGUAAUGUUUAGGACCAAGAUUCUUUUGUAUUGUGUGUCUUUCUCUUAUUUUCUUCUUUUAUAUGGAAUGUCCAUGGCUUUUAAGUGUUACAAUCUCAUCUUGUUUGCAUCACCAAGCAAACUUGUACAAAGAUUAAUGAAAGAGGCCAUAGAGAUUUGUAUA